GGUCUUUUCAAACCAUUCAGCAAUAGCAUCUCAUCCUCCUCCUCCUCCGAGCAGAAACGCCAGUACUUGGCUUCAGCAUCAUUCAUCUCCCUUGAAAACCAACAUCUUAAAUAUAUACAUUUUUUUUCUUGCAAUUUUUUUUUUAAUUCCUAUUCUUAUUGUGCAUGAUUUUUUUUUAUUUUUUUUUAAGGCUUGUGGGAAAUUGGCUAACCUAAUUCACCCAUCCCCUCAGCUGCAUUUCUUCUUCAAUUUCCCCAUCACCACCAACAACACCUCAAGUCUACUGGGUCCUGCAAAGCAAAAGAGAGAGGAGGAAAAAAAAACAAAAAAACAAAAAACAAAAAAAAAACAACAACCAAAAAAACCUCCGCCCCAUCAACCUCUUGUUGCUGCGCCAAGAUAUAACCUUCUACAGCUCCCCUUCCAAAAAAAAAAAAAAAUCUUCUCCACGUUCUAUUGGAAUUCUAAAAGGAACCCGGGCAAGGGGGGGUGGGGAGAAGGGGCAAUAAACUGAAAGCAUAAAAAAGGAAUCCAGUCAGCAGAGACAGUUUUACCAUGAGAUUGCAAUACACCUCUUCUUCUCCGUCUUCCUCCUCAACCUCUCUGACUGCUGGUCUGUCUCCCUGCUUGCUGCCUGGUCCAGGCUCUGCUCUCACAGGUAGUGGCUGCUCCUGCUGCUGGGGUUGUUGUUAUGGUGCCCUGUUGUUUUUCCUGUGGACCUCGGCUGCGGUGACUGCCUCCUCUUCUUCUUCCUCGUCUUCUUCUGCUGGAGGUCCAGGAGCAGGUGGUGGUGGUGGUGCUGCUGCUGCAGUGACCGGCGCUCCUGGUGGCUCUGGUGGGGGCUCUGGUGCUGCAGCGGCUACAGCAGCUUCUCCGUCUCCCCCAGCUCCUCCUCUCCCUGCUGCAGUGGUGGCUGGAGGGGCGCUGCUUGCUGCUCUGGCGGCAGGUGCCGGUGGUGGAGUUGGAGUGGUCCCUUCUGGUGCAGCCGGUGGACCUGUCUGUUAUUUCUCCCCUACUGUGGGCUCGGUGCAAGAGCUGGCUCAACGCUCCAGGGUGGUGAUUGAGGGCAAAGUGCAGCAGCAACAGCAUCAUCAACAAGGUGGGUCUGGGGCAGAGGGUGGCAGGAGGAAAUUGGCAGAGGAAGGAGAGAGAGGUGGGGACCUUGUUACCUCUGGCAGGAGAAAAGGACAGGUGGUCAAAAAUCAGGUGUAUGGAGAGGAAGACAGGGAGCAGACAUUACCAGGGGUGAGCAUUGCACCCAGAGAAGACCCUGUGACUGUUACCCAGUGGAUAGCACCUUCUUUAUCCAUUCUUACCACCACAGCUUCCACCAUCAUCAUAAGUGGCUUCUCAGACUUGGUCCCUCUGCCCAGUGCAGCUGCAUCUCCUGCCCCUGCCGGCAGCAGCCUAGAGUCUUACCUGGUAAAGGUCCAUCAGGUGUGGGCAGUGAAAAGUGGUGGUUUGGAGAAGGACUCAGUUAUUACACUGCUGGGGGAUUUCGGAUCCAGCUGUGUCAAGUUGAAGCAAGACAGCAGGUACCUCUUCUUCAUGGACCCAACCAACACCACUUCUGUCUUCAGGGCUUCUUUCCCACCCCUGGAGUCUGGUAGGAAGCUGAAGAAGGAUGUUGGCAAGGUGCUCUGCAGGGGAUGUGCCGCCCCUCCAAAGCUGAAAGAAAUGAAAAGUCAAAGUAUAUUAGAGGGCAAAAAAUUGGUCUUGAAGUGUGAAGCGGUUUCCGAACAGCCCGCCAUGAAAUUUAAGUGGUUUAAAGAAGAUAAAGAAAUUGUUGCAAAAAACAAGCAAGAGGGCAAGCCUGAAAAUAUAAAGAUACGGAAAAAAAAAAAGUCUUCCGAACUCCAGAUCCUCAAUCCUUCUGAUGCCGACGCCGGAGAAUAUAAAUGUACUGUGUCCAACCAGCUUGGAAAUGACAGCAUGAGAGUCAAUGUUACAAUCACACCAAGUCCACAAACCGGGCAUCUUAAACCAUGCGCCGAUAAAGAAAAAACAUACUGUGUCAAUGGAGGUGAAUGCUUCGUGCUCAACGGUAUUACAGCCGGCACAAAAUAUUUGUGCAAGUGCCCACCUGGAUUCAGUGGAGCAAGAUGCACUGCAACUGAACCUAUGAGAGUCAGAGCAGAAAAGCAUCUUGGAAUUGAAUUCAUGGAAGCUGAGGAGCUGUACCAGAAGAGAGUGUUGACCAUAACUGGCAUCUGCAUUGCACUCCUUGUAGUUGGCAUCAUGUGUGUUGUGGCCUACUGCAAAACCAAAAAACAGAGAAAAAAGCUGCAUGACCGUCUACGGCAGAGUCUUCGUUCAGAAAGAAAUAAUAUGGUAAACAUGGCAAAUGGACCACAUCAUCCUAACCCACCUCCUGAAAAUGUCCAGCUGGUAAAUCAAUAUGUCUCAAAAAACGUAAUAUCUAGUGAACAUGUGAUUGAGCGAGAAACAGAAACAUCAUUUUCCACAAGCCACUACACUUCAACAACUCACCACUCAACGACAGUUACCCAAACACCAAGUCACAGCUGGAGUAACGGUCAAUCAGAAAGCAUUAUUUCAGAAAGUCAUUCAGUAAUUGUGACAUCUUCUGUGGAAAACAGUAGACACACAAGUCCAACAGGUCCACGAGGACGCCUUAAUGGCAUUGGAGGUCCUAGAGACUGCAGUUAUCUCAGACAUGCUAGAGACACUCCAGAUUCAUACAGAGACUCACCUCAUAGUGAAAGGUAUGUCUCAGCUAUGACUACCCCGGCUCGCAUGUCACCGGUGGAUUUCCAGACUCCAGUUUCUCCCAAAUCCCCUUGCUUGGAAAUGUCUCCAACAAUAUCCAGCCUAGCUGUAUCUGUUCCCUCUGUAGCCAUCAGCCCCUUUAUUGAAGAAGAGAGACCACUGCUAUUAAUAUCUCCACCAAGGUUACGCGACAAAAGAUAUGACUUGUAUUGUCAUAACCAUCAUUACAACCAGCAGUACAACUCCUACCAUCACAAUCCUAUCCACGACAGCAGCAGUCUACCACCAAGUCCUUUAAGAAUAGUUGAAGAUGAAGAAUAUGAAACCACACAAGAGUAUGAGCCAGUGCAAGAGCCAACAAAGAAACUAGUCAACAGCCGAAGGGCAAAAAGAACAAAACCCAAUGGCCACAUUUCUACUAGAUUAGAACUGAACAUUGAUACAAGCUCUGAGAGCAGUACAUCCGAGAGUGAAACAGAAGAUGAAAGAAUAGGUGAGGAUACACCUUUCCUGAGCAUACAGAACCCAUUAGCAACCAGCUUAGAGUCAGCCAGUUCAUACCGUCUUGCUGACAGUAGGACUAACCCAAAUAGCCGAUUUUCAACGCAAGAAGAGUUACAAUCAAGGUUAACCAGUGUAAUAGCUAAUCAAGACCCUAUUGCUGUAUAAAAAAAAUAAAACAUAGAUUCACCUGUAAAACUUUAUUUUAUAUAAUGAAGUAUUCCACCUUAAAUUAAAUGAUUUAUUU